AUGGAGUUGACAGAGAGCCAAGUCCAGAAUAUCACACUUCUAUACAAGGGUAAAAAGCUAGAACAUCCACAGAGCCCAGUACGAGAGUAUGGGGUCAAAAACCGAAGUGAAAUUUUAUCAGUUAUUCCGCAACCACCACCUUCGGUGGAAUUCCCGAAGCAUACGAGAAAGGAGGAGGGGUCACAGAACUUUCAUGAGGAUAAGGAUGCUCCAACAUGGCCGGUGCCUAUGAACCAAGUCCACGAUGCUACGUACGAUUCUGACAACGAGUCAACAACCUCGGUUGCAUCUUCGUUAUUCUCGAAUACAUCUUUGUCAUCUGCUUCUAGCGUAGGCUCAGUUGAACAUCGCAAGGAGGUCUCUGAGCAGUUAGUGGAAAUGCUCCUAAGCCGUGGUAUGCGUGCGACAUACCACAAUGCUAUCGACAAAUUAGGAGACGAAUAUUUCCUAAAGAUUCACAAUAGGAUCUUAUCCAGAUAUCUCAAGCGUCUAAGAGACUCCACCAAGGACCCUGGAAUUUUGCUCACAAUUCGAACGCUGUCGUCUCGUUCGCAAAAGAGCCGUGCCAGUCAACUGAUCAUCCGAGUGCUCAGCAAAAACGCCCCGGCAAUCUCCAACGCUGACCGAGAAAAGCGACUGAAUGAAAGACUGAAACUUGCAUCUCGGGCCAAUAGAACCUCAGAAGACCAGGAUGAAACAAGUGAGGAAGAAGUGGAUGAAAAUGACGGCUCGCUGAAAUAUCUUAACCUGGUUGUGGCCUUCUUUCAAGAAAGUCCACAUUUCCAAGAGUUGAUAUCCGAACUGCAAUCCAUCACGAACCUUCGAUCACUUCCACAAACUAUUUCGGAAGCAAUUGCUUACAAUGACCCGUUGUACAUCGCCAUAUUACUAGACACUCAAUUCAGGCAAGCAGCCAGUGGUGACUAUAUCUGGAUAAGGGAGCUCAAAGAGAUUGGAUACAGCAACACCGACAUUGCCCAGCUUCUCCAUGAAAAAGCUCACGACUCACCCUGGAUUUAUUUCAAACCGGAAAGCAUCCCAUUUUCAGAAUCGCGACCUGAACAUCACUUGCUCGAAUGCGCGCAUAGUCUCAAGUCAGAAUCAGCUAGGAAGAAUCGCGUCUCACUCUCCUCUCCACCGCUUGAUAAAGACAGACAAGUGAGGCAGGCAGUUGAGGAGUUGUGUGGAUUAGGUGGCAUAUCACCCUCGCCGCGCAACAAGACAGAAUGGAACGGGGCGGUUCAAUUCAACGAGGCCAGGUCCAUGGCCACGAUACACUACUCCAGUUGGGAUGUAGACAAUAAAGUUAUUCAAUAUACCAAGGGUCUCUUUCCCCGACUCAUCCAAAUCGUCGAGCGUUUCGAAACGUCCGCUCUCAUGAUGCAAGACGCUGAGUUCUGCUGUGAUUCGUUCACAGUUUUGAGGUUUGGCGCCUCGUCAAAAGCGUUGACGACAACUGAAGCCCGGCUAUCUCGAAUCGAGUUUUCUUUGGCAAGAAGGUUCCUUCAAAAUAUGAAAACAGCUGUUGAACGUGGCAAGGAGCGGCAUCAUCUUUAUAGAGAUGCUAUAGGCAAAAUCCUACACGAAAUACUGCAGAAAGUGAUGGAUGCCCCUCCAGCGAUAACCGUGUACAAUAGUGAGCAUCUUCACUCACUAGCUCUUCAAGUAUUAUGCUUGGGAUUCAUUUCAUACAUCCAAGCACAUAUUGGCCCUCUCCAGCCGUUCUUUAUUGACCGGCCUUUAGAAAGGAUUGUUCUGAAGGGAUGUCAGUACUACGAUCAUUCUCGUGGCAACCAUAUUGUUGCCGAGCUUGUUAUUCUGACGUGUCUGGGACAUAUGUGCCAGUACCCGUACUUAUAUUCAGGGAGAGUCUUCCAGGUGAUGAAGAAGCAUCUAGUUUCCAAGAUUUAA